AUGGAAUUAUUCCAAAAAUUCAGUGUGGUAGCUGAAGAUCGGACUCGGGCUGGCCAGAGCCUGGGCCAGCGGAAGUGGGCAUCGCUAUACGACAAGCUGAAUUCUUCACAGCAAGACCAACUACAGAGGCAAGAUGGGCAGGGUUGUCUAUGUCAGGACCUGAAGCAGCUGAAUCGUCUGCUAAAGGAAUUGGGUAUGACGUUUUACCUGGAACAAUCACGGGACAUGACAAUGUUCAUGCCUGUUGACUCGGCCUUUUCCCAGCUGCCUUUCAACAUCCACGAGCUCUCAUGGCAGGCAAAAUGGCGAAUAGUGCAGUUCCACAUUAUCCCUAAUGACAUAGUCGACUUAGAUAAUGAACUCAGAGAUGAGUCAAAGAAGGACUUCGAGUCGUGGGAAGGAGCUCCACUCCAGAUUACCAAGGAAGCUCCUAAGGAGGAUGAGGAAAACGGAGUUGCCUCAGUGGAAUAUGUCGUAAAUGGAGAGGCGAAAGUUAUUUCCAAACCGCCCAAGAUUGAAACAUUCAACGGGGCCACCUACAAGAUCAACAGAGUUUUGCUGCCGCCAUCGAUGACAGAGGAGGAUCUGAAGCCCGCGAAGCAGGAGCAGCGCAUAAAUCCAGAAGUCGCGCAGCGCCUACGGCGGCGACCGGCCACGGAGGGCACCCCUACAGUUGCAGUGGAGCAGGAAUUAGCCUCUGUGGACGGUACUGUGCAGAUGGAGAGAUCUGCACGGGACCCCAGGCUUCCUGGGAGUUUUAGACCAGACCCCUUGGCGCAGCGAAGUCAAGUGACCCCAGAGUUCGUUAGAGGCAUCAACAGCCAGCAUGCCCGCUGGGAUGACUCUGUGUAUCAUCGAACCCCAAUGUCUCAGGUGAAGGAUGAGAGGAAACCUCAGGGCACGCCCCCAGGUGACUCUCCCGAUCUCUCUGAAUUCCUCUGUGUGCAUCUCACGCUCGUAGAUGAGAUUAUGGGAUUCCAGCAGGAGCCUGAGGAUGCUGAAGGGUUUGAGGCGCGCAUUAAAGUCCUUGGACACACUGAGGGAGCAGUCCUUCCCACAGAUGGCAGUCACCCAGCAAUGACACGAAUCAGUGGCACAGGUAACCUCGUACACUAUACCCUUAAUAAGAGGCCCCCGAAUACAGAUGGACAUGCCUACAUAUUGGAGCUACGAACAAUGCACCUUAUUUCAACCCCCCCUAUAGAGCGCGCUCGUUCCACUGGCAUUGGACUGGCCUUUGAGUCUUCUGAAAACCCCGAGUCGGCUCCCAGUGACCCCAUUAGCCAAUUUAUCAACGUUCUCCUUGGAGGGGGCUCUGUACAACCGAAAGAGAGGGUGAAGGAUGAGAUCAAGAAUGAGGCGCCUGAGAAUCAACAGCGCAACACCGUGUCUGCUACAGCGAAGAAGCAACAGGGGCAGCAGCGGGAGGCAGAGCCAAGUCUCUUCUCAGUAGCCUUGACCCCUACGGAGGGCCCAAGAGUGCAGGCCUUAGGGUUGACUGAAGGACUCCUUCCGUCCGAGGAGCUCAUCACCCAACAUUGGGCCAACAGAGGCUCCAAAACUCCUGCUCAGAAUGCCAGAAGGUCUGGAGAACAGCAGAAGGCUCUGCCUCCCUUCGCUUCACUUUGGAACCAGAUUCAGAGCGUACCAUGA